CGGUGGGCCGCGGGGAGCCGUCCGUGUGAGACAGGGAGAGCAGGGCAGGGGAGCGGGGAGGCGGCGGGCAGCAGGCAGCAGGCAGCAGGUUUGUUUAUAAUGUAUCUGCAUCUGAAGAAAUAGAAAGUGGUUUUAUACGAUGCUGACUAACACCAUAGGACAUCAUUUAAUGGUACAUCAAGCAAUGAUUCCAAGAAGCCUGAAGCCGUUUUCCUAUAUCUGUGGCCAUAGAAUGUUGUCAGGCUACAAACCUAAAAGGAAUGUCAAGGACUCUUACAAAAUUCUUGAGCUUGAGGAAGGAUGUUCACUCGAUGAUAUCAGAAAUUCAUAUCGAAGUCUUGCCAAAAAGUACCAUCCAGACAGCGGUUCCAUCACAGCAGAUUCUGCAGCAUUUGUGAAAGUAGAAGAAGCGUACAGAGUUGUGCUUAAUGAUGUGGCAAACAAAAAGAAAUCCACUGAGAAUAAGGAAGAGGAGGAGGAAGACCAGCUCAAAUCAAACGCGCCACAGCAUAGACACUACUUGAGUUUUGAAGGUGUUGGUUAUGGAACACCAAGCCAAAGAGAAAAGCAGUACAUGCAGUUCAGAGUAGACCGUGCUACUGAGCAAGUGUUGGCAUACCGAACGCGGAGACUUGAAAACCAGUACGUUGCAACGGACCUUAUGAGAGCCAAGGAUGUGAGACAGAGCAAAAAAGUGAAGAUAACUCAGGCAGUUGAACGGUUGGUCGAGGACCUCAUCCAGGAAUCAAUGGCAAAAGGAGAUUUUGACAACCUCAGCGGGAAAGGAAAACCUUUGCAGAAGUUUUCGGAUUGUCCUCAUAUCGAUCCUAUGACUCACAACCUGAACAGGAUUCUGAUAGACAACGGAUACCAGCCGGAGUGGAUCCUCCUGCAGAAAGAAAUCCGGGAAACGAUCGAGCGAUUAAGAAAGAGCUUAGUGGAAUCCAGGAGUAAGCUCGGAGAGCCAAUGACUCCGUAUAGGCAAAAGGAAUGGAAUCACAUCUGUGAGCAGUUCGUGGAAGAUAUCAGGAAGUUAAACAAAAGAAUUGACAGCUUCAAUUUAGUUGUUCCUAUUCUGAGCAGACAAAUGGUGCACUUCAGUGCAGACAGAGAAAUCAUUCGAGCACAAAAGACCUACGAAGCUUCGAUGGAAAGCACGGAGACUUCUGAUUCAGACACAAAGGAAAAUGAAGGGGAAGGGGUUAAACGGUUUGGGUGGAAGUCUUCUCUACUGAAGUGGUUAAAUACUACAUUGAAAUAAGAUCAUAUUAGCUCACCUCUCUUGUCACGUUUUUGAAUGCACUUUAUAACUAAAACCUGUAGCGUGAGAGAAAUUUCAGAUUCACUGAAAAUGUAAAAUCCACCUGGCUGUUAUACCUCUUGAAAGGAAUUGGGGUGUCUGAUGUUCACUUGUGGGUAAUUAAUUCUUUGUGAAUGCUGCUAAGGAACAAGUGAAUUCAGUUCUCCUAUUGCAGCCCAUUUUUCCUUCUGCUUAAAUCAAAAUUUGUGCUUUUCGGUGUAUAAUGAUUUAAUGAUUUGUACAAUGCUGUUUCUGUAACAUGAAACCGACGCGUCAGUAAAACACUGUAAGGACAAAGUGGAAGUAAAAGUCUGGCUGUGCCCUUUA